AUUAAUAAAAUCCUUUGUUUGUCGGCAAAAAAAAAAAAGCCUAAAGGAAGAAACAGCAAUGAAAUGAUAAUGGAUGUUUCAAGCCCAACAAACGCUUCAUUCUCCUCAAUCUCCUCCCCAGCUUCAUCCCAUCGAUCAACACCACUGAGCUCACCCAACAACACCCCACUCGUCUCCAUCCAGUGCUUUAAAACCAACUCCAAAGCCGAAGAAUGGACAGCUGACACUCUGCACACUGGAGACAUUGUCGAGAUCAUCGCUGUUGGCAACCUCACCGUGCGAGCUCCUUUCAAGAACGGAAGGAAUGGUGUUCAGAAAAUCUUACAUGAGUGUUACAAGUCCAGGGACACGUCGAUAAGGGUGCGAGUUCGACGGGGGUUGGAUGAGUUUGCUGAGUUUGAGGGUUGUAUUGUGCCUAAUGAGUCUGCUGGGAGGAAACAGUACUUGUUGAGGUCGACACGGGAUCCUGGUUAUGCCGUUGGGUUUGUUAAUCGGACGGAGGCAGAAUGCUUCAAUUUACAAGCUUCAAGGAACUCUAGGAUGGUGGAUGCAUUAGCUAAGACUCCACUUCAAGAUGGACAUGUUGCUUACCCUUGGGGAAGGAAAAUGCUGGAGCAGCUACAAGUUCCAAACUCGAGCUUUUUUCUUUCAAUGCUCUUCCUUCCUAGAACCUCAGAUAGAAAUCCUUCGCGCUACAAUGAUUUGGAGGACACUCUUGCUAGAUCAAAUGCAUGGCUAACCUCCUCUCAGGCUUCAGGGGUACCUAUUGUUUUCAUGAACAUCCAGACUGAAUCACUACUUACAAAGAUCUCUGGAGAGACUGCUUCUUCUACAGUAAAUACUGGAUCGUUGUCAGAUCUAGCCAACCUUGCUAAUGCAAGUUUGUAUGGCUUUGAGGAUUACCACGGGGUGGACAUCGGUGUAGUUAGAGCAGUUAGGUUAUGGUAUUCUCCUCAAGAAGGAGAAGUGCCUAUUGAAAUCAAAAUAAAAGAAAGUGACACAAAGCUUGGCUUUGCAAUCAGUCGCACGGAGGAGGGUUUUAUAUACAUAUCUUCUGUAGCUGAAGAUGAUGAUGAUGCCCCUUCAACACGGUCAGGCCUCUGCAGUCUGUACAAAGAAGCAAACAGAUCAGCCAGAAGCUCUCAUUACACCGCCAUGCAAGGGUUUCUAUAUACAUUCACAUCUUCUCAUGGGAUCAAGGAGUUGGUUCCCUAAUUAAGGGCUUCAGCUUGAUGCCUCCAACCGAAUGUGCAGAUGAUAAACAGGCAACACCUUUCAGAUAUGACGAAUCAAACGAGAGCAGUCACAGCAGUAUCCGUAGCAAGGAUGGACUGGAGCUCAGACCUUAGAGAAACACGGCAGCAGAUAACUCCUUCCAGUUUCAAGAUUUUGUAGUUGGAAAGUAUAAGGUUUUUGCGUUUCUUCAUGUGCUUUUCUCCAUCAGUAUGUAGAUACGCAUCAAUUUGUACUUUGUAGUAUAGUCCGCCUAGUCGUGAGUUUGCUCUUGAAAUAAAAAGAGUUCUAUUUAUUUUCUA